AUAGCUGUGUUGAUAGCACAUCGAAUGACUACCUAAAUUGCAGCGAUUGCACAUUUUGUGUUAAUGUAUUUUUCUUUCUUUAAUCUAGAUAACGAAAGUUGUAAAUGGGAUAAUUGUUACCACCAUUCGCAUUGGGAACUCCACGAUAUUAUGUUUUAAUUGUUAUUAUUGUGGUUUUAAUUGUAUAAAAAAGCCUUAUGGUCCGAACGCACUGUACUAGAAUUAUAGUGAGGCUUAUCAAAUAUAUCAACUCAGGGACAAAGAAGGCUGAGUACGCCCUCAAACUCCUAGAAGCUGAUGACUUAAAAGUUAUAACACACUGAUCUCCGCAGCGCUCCAACGGCUCCAUUGUCUAGCUAGUAAACGGGGCAAGUCUGAAGGAGGCGGCCACUGUGCUGCGGAGAAGACGCGAGGCAACCGACAGAUAGGAUUGCAUGCCUACCUUAGUGGCAGCCAGGUGUUGGCAAGUUCAGUGCAAGUUACACUGAUAAAUGAUGGAUAAUCAUCAGGAUGACAACAAUAACUUUUUUGGUGAAGAACAUUUCCAUGCUCGAGGGGUUUCGCCUUCCACGGAUAAUCUCUUUAGUAAUAGAGAUGUUCUGGAAAGAAGGCUAAAGUACAGGUUAGAAAGGGAGGACUUGAUUGUUAGAGGCAUUUUACCAGCAAAUCAUGCAUCUCCCAGUCUUGCUGCCCAAAUCCAUCAACUUGAAAGAGCUAAGACUGGUGACAUUUUGCAGAAAAAGAUCAGGGUACGCUCUAGUAGACAGCAGCUUGUUCAGCGUCACAUUUUAGCAGAUUCUAAAAUAGAUGCCUCCCUGCAAGGGAAACAGUCAGCUUUAGAAAGGCACCGGAUUGCAGAUUCCUUGAACGAGCAGCUUUUCAAUAGACCUGGCCCCUUGGAACUUGUUAGGGAAAACAUCUUGAAAGUUGAACCGAAUUUUGCAGAUGCAGUUAAGCAUGGUUGUGUUCCAUUUCACCCAAGUUGUAGGGAUGUAUCUACAUCUCCAGUAAGCAGCUUGUACCCAGAUUCGCCUUUGUCUGAGGUUGAUGCCAGUCGCUGUUCGAUAGAUUCGCUGUCUCCUGUUGCAGGUGAUCCUAUUGAUACUUUUUCUCGAGCGUUUUCAGAACAUGUGAAAGUUGAAAGCAUUCCUGUGAGCAAUAAUGUGUCUAGUGCAGUUAGCGAGUUAGAAAGCUGCAUUGUGUCCACAUCGGAUUUUUUCUCAAAUAACAAUGUACGAGCAAAGGAGCCCGCUAUUCGUAAACAAUCGAAAGGCAAUAGAAAGAAGCAACAGUCGCAAAACAAGCAAAAGAUAAAAAGAUACAAGUAUCAUGAAUACAAACCUCCAGGGAUAAUGCCUCCAACGUAUCAAGCUCCCCUUGAUGAUCGUUAUAAGCGCCUUUUGGAGCAGCAACAAAUGUUUCUCCAGUUGCAAGUAAUGAAGCAAAAUGCACUGUUUGAAGCAAUAAAUGGUUCCCUUAAGGACCCAGUUAAGGACAAAAUGGAUGUGGAAGAGAGUUCUCAUUGUCAAAAUGAAUCUCAGCUGUCACCUACUCCAACGAAUGCUCCAGUUUCAUACAGCAAUUGCGCCGGGCUUGACGAUAUGAAAGUAUCUGAUCUACGUUCUGAACUGAGGCAGAGAGGAUUGCCAGUCUCAGGGUCCAAGGCUAAGUUGCUGGAGCGACUUAAGUCGUACGAAGACAGGAAAAUAGCUACAGCCGAAGAGAAACUUGCUGAUGUUGCUUUUUCACCAGUCCCCGCUAACAUGCCAACUAACACCAGUUCUGCUCAGGAUUCUGUUCAAGAGUCUUGCCCAACAACAGCUCAUGGCAGCUCGUUUAUCAAAGUAACAACGUAUGCGGGGCAAAAUGGCGAAACAUUUCAGCUGGUCCAAGCUGUUCCAUCAUCAGAAAUUCAGUAUCAGUUGAUUCCAAGCUCGGUUGUCUUAGGGCAUGGCCAGUCGGAGAAUGUCCCUGUUCAACAAUUAGGGGUACAUGGUGGUCUUCAUACCAAAGGAGUUUUGCAAGUGCCAGCCUCUGUGUCGUCCAUUGAUCAGAGAGUAUUGCAGAAUGUCAUGAGCUCAGUCGUGAGCCAACCGAACCAAUCGUUCCCGAAAGUUGUUGACCAAUCUGUAAGCCAGUCAGUUAAUCAACAACUUAUCAAUACUUCCGAAGUUCAAAUUCAUUUGUCGCAACCAGCAACGCAUACAUUAGCAGGAAAUGCAUUGUUGGACCUUACAUCAGCGCUUGACAGACAUCCAAAUCCUGUGAUCGAUGCGUUGACAUUGCAAAUGCUCAGUGAACAUGUAAAUCAUCAGGCUUCAAAGCCGCAAGCAACUAUUGAAACACAGACUUCUUAUGAACCGUCAGAAACCGAUAGUGCUGCAGAUUUUCGUCAUACGUCCUUACUAAACAAGUUGCAAAGCAUGCAAGAGAACUCUCAGCAAGCAGAGAGUUGUCAUCAUCUACAAAAUCAUGAGCACGUUAGCGCAGGAAAUGAACAGCAAGGCAGUCCACAUCAUUACCAAUGGGAAAUAAACACUGGUGGCCAGACUCGUGGUAAGCAUAAUCGUCAGUACGAGACUAAUAUCGGACAGGUUCGAGAUAGGUCACAGACUGAUCCGCUGAUGUCGCGUUCAACCGUUGACAUGUAUGCGAGUCAAGACCGCUCAGCACAUAUGGCUGCAAAUUGUCAUACAGAGAGGACAGAUGAUGCUGGCACAUAUAUUAAAACAAACGGGAAAGAUUUGCGUACAUUUUCACUACCAAGUGGAAUUAUGGAAACGAACAUGAAGUGUCCGUCGGAUGCGUCCGAUGAUUUAAUGGACAUAUUAGGAGAGCUUUCUGGAAGCGCAGCUCCGCCAUUAGAUGCUAAUGAAAACCAGUCUAUUGGGUAUGCACGGUACGCACAGACAUUGCAAAAUGAGAUGCAGGUCAAGGGAGAACCUUCUUCAUUCCACUUAACGAGUUCUAAAAACAAAACAUUAACACCUCAUGUACUAACUUCGCAACGCCCUUAUGGGUCGCUGCCGGGCGAUUUGAACUUACUUGGUGCUGGUCUGAACUUAAACACGACGCCUUCUCUAUUAGCUACCGGAUCGCUUCAUAAUAUUCCACACAGAGCGUCGUCUAAUGCCAUGAACACUGGCCACAAUGCACAUGGACUAGCUCUAAACUCUAUGGAUAUAGAUGACGUUGACAUGGAGACCGAUCAAUCGUAUUUUUCAGCAAAUGACUUGGACUGGCCUGGCUUGCACCAAUUGGACAACACUAACAGUUCUCAUAAUAGACAAAUCGAUAAACCAGUAGGUAAAGACUUGGAUAACCAUCACUGUGUUGAUGGUUUGCAUUUGGAUCUAAUGUCUGCUAAUUUGUACGAGGAUACAAAAUCACAUGACCCCUUGUCGAUAUUUGAUGUUGAAGGGAGUCAUCAUUUAUUGAUGGCGGCGGACUCUCACGACACUGAAAAAUGGGACUUCUAGUGUUAUAAAUAGUUAUUUAUAGAUGUUAAUUUUAAUUUUCUACGUUGUAAAAAGAGAUUGUCAGUCGCUACCAGUAAAUCUCCAGCUAUGGUGUUUUGAAAAGGUAUGUUUCGUUGACUUUUGCACGCUAUGAAAUGCUGGAUUUCCUUCGUUUUAGCAAGAAUCCUGGCUAACAAAAUAUUCACUAUAGAUUGAUAUUUUCUAGUAAACGCGCUUAUCUCUUUAUCGCAGAUGGAACUAGUUUCAGUCGAGAGUCGAUCUCUUGUCUUGGCAGCAUGUAUUUAUAGCGUAUUGUAAAUAUAUCAAAUUCUGCUAAUUCGUUCAAGUAUAAAACUAUUUCAGAUAAAUAUCAGUUAAAAUACCCCGUACUUGCGCUUUUAAGAUUAUGACAAUUUAUUUCAGAAUACAACCUCGUCUUUGUAGCCUUAAAUUCGGUUUUAGCAAAUGUUAGGAAUAUAUGUUUUGAGAAAUGGUCGUAAUUAUCUGAAAUUAAAAUAUUCCUUGUAAAAAGAAUAUCAAUAAGAAUCUUUUUCUUAAGCAUUUUCAUAUCAAUAUAACAAAGAUGGUUAUUAAAGCGCGCCUGCAAAUCCAGAAACAUGUAAGUGUGGAAUGGCAAUUUGCAAUUUUCCAAACAGAUUACCUUGAAUUUUGCCAGUCUUAGGUUGACGCAUUGAAUGUAAAUUAAACCUCAAUCAGCGUUAUGUAUUUAACUUUUUAUUUCUUAAAUGUUGAUAGAUGCAACGUUUCGCCUAAGGGACGAACUGUGAAAACGGAAAACGCAGUCUGCAGGAACUCGAUUGAUUUCGUCGUCUUACAUGGGUUCAGGGCAAGGAUCAAGAUUGGUGAAAUUUCAGCGCAUAGGUCAAUUUUUAAAGCAUUCUAUCAAAACAUUGACCCUUCUGACGUUUUUUGGAAAAAUUCAGAUAUUUUCAUCUGCCUCACAAAACGGCGCUUGAGCUCAUUAUGCAGGAAUAUCGAUCACAUAUAUUCUAAAGUCAGUAUUCCUGCCAAGUGCCCACAAAAUCCUGUAAUGUGCCUGCAGAACCAUGCAAUGAGUCCCACAGGCAGUUUGUUACCGUUUGUGCCUAUGCAAAAAUAUGUCUGAUUAUUUAUAGCGCAGUCGGUAGGAAUGUUUUAGUAUUAAAGGACGUAAGAGGUUUUUUGUUUGCUGUUGACUUGAAGACGUUUAAUGAAUUAAAACCAACCCUUUGUA